CGCAGCCGCCGCCUGGGCCGCCCCGUGUCCCCGGUGGAGCCGCCGCCGCCGCCGCCGGGAGCUCGAUGCGGACGGAGCCCGGGCCGGGCCAUGGGGAUCCUCAGCAUCACGGACCAGCCGCCCCUGGUCCAGGCCAUCUUUAGCCGAGAUGUGGAGGAAGUGCGUUCCCUCCUCUCGCAGAAGGAGAACAUCAAUGUACUGGACCAAGAGAGGCGGACCCCAUUGCAUGCUGCUGCCUACGUAGGCGAUGUCCCCAUCCUCCAGUUGCUACUGAUGUCAGGUGCUAAUGUCAAUGCUAAGGACACACUGUGGCUGACCCCUCUUCAUCGUGCUGCUGCUUCCCGAAAUGAGAAGGUGCUGGGAUUGCUGCUGGCACAUUCAGCAGAUGUGAAUGCCCGGGACAAGCUGUGGCAGACACCAUUGCAUGUGGCUGCCGCCAACCGGGCCACGAAGUGUGCUGAGGCUCUGGCACCCCUGUUGAGCAGCCUCAAUGUGGCUGACAGGAGCGGGCGCAGUGCCCUGCAUCAUGCAGUGCAUAGUGGGCAUCUAGAGACGGUGAACCUGCUCCUGAACAAGGGAGCCAGCCUGAAUGUUUGUGAUAAAAAGGAGCGGCAGCCUCUGCACUGGGCAGCUUUUCUAGGGCAUCUGGAGGUCCUGAAACUGCUGGUGGCACGGGGAGCGGACCUCAGCUGCAAGGACCGCAAGGGCUAUGGGCUUCUCCACACAGCUGCUGCCAGUGGCCAGAUUGAAGUGGUGAAGUACCUGCUCCGGAUGGGGGCUGAGAUCGAUGAGCCCAAUGCUUUUGGAAACACAGCUUUGCACAUCGCCUGCUACCUGGGCCAGGAUGCUGUGGCUAUUGAGCUGGUGAAUGCAGGAGCCAAUGUCAACCAGCCGAAUGACAAGGGCUUCACGCCGCUGCAUGUGGCUGCAGUCUCUACCAAUGGCGCUCUCUGCUUGGAGCUGUUGGUCAAUAACGGGGCUGAUGUCAAUUACCAGAGCAAGGAAGGGAAAAGUCCUCUGCACAUGGCUGCCAUCCAUGGUCGUUUCACCCGCUCCCAGAUCCUCAUCCAGAAUGGCAGCGAGAUUGAUUGUGCUGACAAAUUUGGGAACACGCCACUGCACGUGGCUGCUCGCUACGGACACGAGCUACUCAUCAGCACCCUCAUGACCAAUGGCGCGGAUACCGCCCGGCGCGGCAUUCACGACAUGUUCCCUCUGCAUUUAGCUGUUCUCUUUGGAUUCUCUGACUGUUGUCGUAAGCUUCUUUCCUCAGGUCAGCUGUACAGCAUUGUAUCUUCACUCAGCAACGAGCAUGUGCUUUCAGCUGGGUUUGACAUCAAUACGCCUGACAACCUUGGCCGCACCUGUCUUCAUGCUGCUGCUUCUGGAGGGAAUGUUGAAUGUCUUAAUUUGCUGUUGAGCAGUGGAGCUGACUUGAGGAGGAGAGACAAAUUUGGAAGGACCCCACUGCACUAUGCAGCCGCCAAUGGCAGCUACCAGUGUGCAGUCACACUGGUGACUGCUGGGGCGGGUGUCAACGAGGCCGACUGUAAAGGCUGUUCUCCCCUCCACUACGCUGCCGCCUCUGACACCUACAGGAGAGCGGAACCCCACUCAUCGUCCAGCCACGAUGCUGAAGAGGACGAGCCACUGAAGGAGUCCCGCAGGAAGGAGGCCUUCUUCUGUCUGGAGUUCUUACUGGAUAACGGUGCAGACCCCUCCCUGCGGGACAGGCAGGGCUACACAGCUGUGCACUAUGCAGCCGCCUACGGCAACAGACAGAACCUCGAACUGCUCUUAGAAAUGUCCUUUAACUGCCUGGAGGAUGUGGAGAGCACCAUUCCAGUUAGCCCUUUGCACUUAGCUGCCUACAACGGUCACUGUGAAGCCCUGAAGACACUGGCUGAGACGCUGGUGAAUCUGGAUGUAAGGGACCACAAGGGCCGGACCGCGCUCUUCCUGGCCACUGAGCGAGGCUCUACUGAGUGUGUGGAGGUGCUUACGGCCCACGGCGCCUCUGCUCUCAUCAAGGAGCGCAAACGCAAGUGGACACCCCUGCACGCUGCUGCUGCCUCUGGCCACACUGACUCCCUGCACUUGCUGAUCGACAGUGGGGAACGCGCCGACAUCACUGAUGUCAUGGAUGCCUAUGGACAAACCCCACUGAUGCUGGCCAUCAUGAAUGGCCAUGUGGAUUGUGUCCAUCUGCUGCUAGAGAAAGGAUCCACAGCUGAUGCUGCUGACCUCCGGGGCCGCACCGCCCUCCACCGUGGGGCAGUGACUGGCUGUGAGGACUGCCUGGCUGCCCUGCUGGACCACGAUGCAUUUGUGCUGUGCCGAGACUUCAAGGGCCGCACCCCCAUCCAUCUGGCCUCAGCCUGCGGCCACACUGCAGUGCUGCGGACGCUGUUGCAGGCCGCCCUUUCCACAGACCCCCUGGAUGCUGGCGUGGACUACAGUGGAUACUCGCCCAUGCACUGGGCCUCCUACACUGGACAUGAAGAUUGUCUGGAGUUGUUACUUGAACACAGCCCGUUUUCAUACCUGGAGGGAAACCCCUUCACUCCUUUGCACUGUGCAGUAAUUAAUAACCAGGACAGCACCACAGAGAUGCUGCUGGGAGCUCUGGGUGCCAAGAUUGUGAACAGCCGAGAUGCCAAAGGACGGACCCCUCUUCACGCCGCUGCCUUCGCGGACAAUGUAUCUGGGCUCCGGAUGCUACUGCAGCAUCAAGCCGAGGUGAACGCCACUGACCACACUGGCCGCACUGCGCUCAUGACGGCGGCCGAGAACGGCCAGACCGCUGCUGUGGAAUUUCUGCUGUAUCGAGGGAAGGCAGACCUUACUGUGCUGGAUGAGAACAAGAACACUGCUCUCCACUUGGCUUGUAGCAAGGGCCAUGAGAAAUGUGCCCUCAUGAUCCUGGCAGAAACCCAAGACCUUGGCCUUAUCAAUGCUACCAACAGUGCGCUGCAAAUGCCACUCCACAUUGCUGCCCGGAAUGGUCUAGCUUCUGUGGUGCAGGCCCUGCUAAGUCGUGGGGCCACAGUGCUGGCUGUGGAUGAAGAAGGUCACACCCCAGCGCUGGCCUGCGCCCCCAACAAAGAUGUGGCAGACUGCCUGGCCUUGAUCCUCUCCACCAUGAAGCCUUUCCCACCCAAGGACGCCGUCAGUCCUUUCAGCUUCAGCCUGCUCAAGAACUGCGGCAUCGCAGCAGCCAAGACGGUGGGUGGCUGCGGCGCCCUGCCCCAUGGGGCCUCCUGCCCCUACAGUCAGGAGCGGCACGGCGCCAUUGGGUUAGACGGCUGCUAUUCGGAGUAGCCCCCCAUCAGUGUCCCUCCCCCUGCCGGUGGCUUGAUAUCUUAUUCUAUUUAUUUAGAAAAAGUCUAUACAUUUAGGGCACUUUAAAGGAGAACACGACUGGGUGGGGGGGGACAGAGGGGGAAAAAAUGCACUGGGGAGCAGCUGCUCACCCCUUUGCCACACCAUCCUGGCCUGGCAAGGGUCUGGGACCAACAGGGAGCACCCCAGGCCCUUGGCACCCCCAGGGCAACCCCUUCUGCCAAGUGUCCCCAAAUGAUUGCUAAAUGCCUGGCUACCCUCUCUUUUACCCCAUCUCUCAGUUCCCUCUUUCUGCUGCCAACUCCCCCCACCCUUUCCUCUGUUUCUCCUCUUUGUGUUCCCCCGCCCAUGCCCCUACUGCCAGGCAGAUCCCUCCUCUUCUUCCAUACCCAUCACUGCCUCCCUGCUCGGCUGGCCCCUCCAUCCCCGCAGCAGUGAGAAGCCUUAAUUUCUGGUACUGUGUGAGCACUCUGGGGGUGUCCCCCUCCCCCUUCAGGGGCAGCUAGUGGAUGAGGGGGGAGGGUAUUUAGCACUGGGGCCUGGAGCUUUUCCCCCACUUCUGUACCCCAUCACCCCUAAAGUUCAAAUGCAAAACACUUGAAGCAGCAACUACUGUACCUGGGCCCCAAUCCUGCACUCUCCCCUGGCUCCUCAUAUGCAAAUCAAGGGCUGGUUCUGCCCCCACAGCCUGCUCCUCCCUGAUUCCCUUCCACUCCUGGCCUGGUCCCCUAACCACGCACUUUAACCUUGCUUCUUUCUUUUAACUUCUUUUGGGAGGGCAGAGCCUGUGGCCAUUCCCUCCCUGGCGCCCCUCUCCCUUAACUUUGAGGCUUGUCAUGAAUUUUUAAGUAAGCAUUUUAUCCUUUAGGGGAAGAAACAAAUUAAUUUCCUGCCCAUUUCAAGACCACAGCCCUAGAAUGUCCUGUGUGUUUCAGGCAUGUGUUUGCAUGUGUGGGGAGGGAAGGACAAUAUUCUUCCUCCUGUGCCCCCCAAACCCAUGGUUCCUCUGUACCCCCACCUUCCGUUAUGUCCAAGAGUACCCACCGCCCCCAGUCACUCCUGAUCUGAAGCCAAAGAUGGUGGGAGGGGCAGGGCAGACUAGGGACCGUGGCUACUCGGGACCCAGGCUUCCCCUCUGGUGUGAGGAUGAAGCUCUGAUCUAGGGAGUGACGAAUACACACUGAGGCUUGGUCCCUGCCCUCCCAGCAGCGGGGAGACAUGGGAUUGAGCUAGGGGCUGCACUGAGAAGAUUCCUAAAAGUCGCACCCCAAAAGCCAAACUGGGCCAGAGUGAGGAGGGGGCAGUUUUCUCUCUAAAUGUAGCAUUGAAUUUGGCCCUGGUCCCUUCAAACGCCCUGUCCAUCCAUCUCCCAGCUAAGCCUCCUGGACAGUUGGACCCGCUCCCAUAGCCCAGUGUUCCCUUCCUCACACUCAAUACCUCAGCCAGGGGCCAAGACACAGAACUUGAAUAGAGGUCAUGCCCCCUCCACCCCCACAGUGCAUCCUUGCCCAGUUUGGCUGCCAUCAGUAUUGUCCCCUGAGAACUGGACAGGCUUUGUUUACACAGUACAGGGUCUCCUCCGGGGGAUUCCUCAGUCUCCUCCCCUCCUACGCCCCCUCACGCUUGCUUUGUUCACAACCUCACCCACUUUUCAGUUGUUUUUCCUGCAAGUCUUGCCACCCUUGCCAAGGGUGGGCUGAGGGGGGAGGGGGUAUCCCAGGGACCCCUGCCUCGCUAACAGAUACCCUUAACCAUACCUCAUGCUGGUUCCCUGAAGCCUGGGGUGUUUGUCCAAGUCCUUUUUGGUUUUUUGUUGUUGUUGUUUUUUGGCUUUUUUUUGUCAUGGUCUCUUUUUAUCCCCUCUGUCUGUGUCUUGCUUCCCCUAACCCUCAGUUCCUAAACCAUUUCAAAGCUUCCAAAUGACCAUUAUUGGUAAGAAGGAUUGUGCAGCUUUUAGUUUUUAUUUUUGUUUUCAAAGCCAAAGGGCCUUGCGAUGCCCCUCUUGCCCACCUCCCUUCAUACCCUGCCCUCCCCUAUACGACAAUCAAUGUGACCUCUCUUAAGGGCUGCAGCCCCCCCCCCCCCCCCCCCCCCGCUGGUUCUGCAAAGCUUGCCCCUAACUUUAACUGUCUCUCCUGAAAUCUUCCCAUUCCACCCCCUCCCUCUCAUUUUGGUGCUGGGAAUUAGGUGACGGGGGGGGGGGGCAGGGGGAGCAGAGAGAUGGAUUCUCCAGAGAAGACUCUUGGGGUAUCAGUCGUGUUCUCCUUUAUCAAUGUUUGGCGAUGACAGGAAGAUUCUGAGUAUUUGUCAGGAGCCCCAUUGUUUUGCUAGAUGAGAUUUCUGGUGGCUGCCUGUCCCCCUGCUGCCCCUUCAGCACACGGUCAGCAGUGCUGGGGCAGGUUGUGGGGAGUCCUCUGCCUCUCCUCAUGUGGCUAUGAGGAGGCGUGGAGGAUGAGCAGCCUCCUCUCCUUAUGCCAAAGGAAAUCCCACACCCCACCCUGGGCUCCCCAGCCCCUAGUGUUUUUUGAAGCGUUUUGACCAUUCUCAUGGCGACUGCAUAUUUAUUUUAAUGUUAAGAUUUUUUUUUUAAAACCUCUUUGACUUAAACGGGUGUGGAGAAGUAAAACAGGCAGAAUGCCCCCCAAUCUUAAGGGGGUAGGGUGGGGAGGAAACACCUCCUUCCCUUUGCCCUCCCUCUCCCCUCCCCCUCUCCCCACCGCAGCUCUAAAGCACUUGCUUCAAGUAAUAAGCACUUUUGAGAAAAGGCCUAUUUUAAGUGAGGACCCUGGGAGCAGCCCCAGGUCCCAGCAAAGGAGACAGAGCGAGGGCUACAUAGGAGACAGGGAAACAGGUGUGUGAAUCAGAGGGCGAGAUAAGAGCCAGUUUUUAGUUUCUGAUUUUGGGGAGAUGUUUCUGAUUGGGCGGUGGCUUUGGUAGGGUUGUGUACUAUCCUUCAGAAAAACAAAUGGCACAAACUGUGGGUCCCAGGAUGGGCCAACAAACCCGGGUCACUGCCACUGUCCAACUGAGACUGAUGGGCCACCUCCCCCACUGUGGCCCCCUGAGCCAUAGGACUGCUGAAAACCACUGAAUGUACAGCCCAGGUUGGGGUGGGGAGCAGCCCCUGGGGGAGGGGGCUUCUCCUUCUGUUUGGUGCUGUGGGGGGUGGGAGAGAUGAGACUGAGGGACUGCCACCCCACUUAGACAUGUGUUCCUUGGGGUGGAGGGGCUGAGGAGGGUCUACCUCCCUCUCCAACCCCGGCAUGGCCCCUCUUCCUUCCUCAUCCCUAUCCGUUUUGACUGUAAGUCCAGCUCACCUUUGCCUUCAAUAUGUAACCAAAGGAAAACUCAAUACUGUUUCCACCGCUGUCUGCCCACCCGAGCACCUUCUUACUCCCUGGACCUUAGAAGGGGAGAAGGGGCUGGGGGUGGGGUGGGGGGCGUGGGGCCAGAGUGAACGGUUCUACAGCUGUAUCCCCCAAACCUCUCGGGUCUUGGAAGGGACCCUGAGAGGUGAGGCUGGGGCCUGGCUGGAGGGGCUGGGAACAGGCACACUCUGUAUCUUGUGCACAUGAGUGUUUCUUCGUCUGAAUGACUCCAGUGACUACGCUCCAGCAGGGAGGCCCCUUCCUCCUUCCCUCUCCACCAUUUCUCCCCCUCUCCCCACACCCCGUGUUCAUCCCCACCUCCCCUUCCCACCGCAAAGGAAAAUAGCCUUACAGACCCUAGCCCAGAAGCCCUCCUCCUGGGGCAAACCAGUAUGGGGCCCCAUCCCGCCUAGUUUGAACCCUACCUUUUAAGAAGGAGGGAUAAGGAGCAAAGCAGCCCCUUCCCCUCUAAUCGUGGUGGCUCCAGCCCUCCGUGGCCUUGACCCAGGUUGGCCAAGGGCGGAGGCAAGGAAUCUUUGAGGACCAAGCCCAGUGAUCUGGGAAGAGGGAGGUGGAGAGGGAAGGGCCUGACUUGGGGACUCCCUCCUCCCGACCCAACCCUAGAGAAGCGACCAAAUCCCAGAGAUGGGAGGAAGCUGGGGUGGGGAGGGUCUGCUCUAUGAAUUACUUGAAGGUACUGACUCCGAGGCUGCUGUUGCCCACUUAGGUGUGAGGGGGACACUGUCACUGCAUUUGGGAGGGCAGAGGGUGGCGGGUGACGAGAGCAUCUGCCCUUGGCCCUCACUUACUCCUGCUAGGCCCUUUCCCUGGGGAGCCUGGCUUUGCCCCCAGGGAAAUCGGGGAGAGCCUUCCCCUCCCAUCUCCAUCCCUCACUCUGGGCACCCUCUCCAAUUGCACUAAAGUAGCUGUUGUGCCAGUCUUACCCCCACACCAGGGUGGGGUCUCUGCUUCCAGUCCUUUCUCCCCCGACUGCCUCCACUCCUGUCCCGGACAAUCUCCUUGUUCCCCUGUAUUCCUGGAUAGCUCAGCUUUGUAUGUGUGUGUUUUGGGGGUGGGGGUGGGUUCUGGCUGGAGUGGGUUCGCUAGGGGUUUGGGAAGGGCUAGGGGAAAGAUGGAGGACAAAGUCUCCUACCCCCUUCCUCAACUCCAAGCCACAGAAACCUGGGAGGGAGGGUGCCUACUCUCGCUGCCGUGUGUCUUGCAGAUGUGCCAAAAUGGGGGUGGGGGGGAGGGGAGGGGAGGGUGCCUGGCAGAGCGGCCCCCAGGGUGGCUCUCUCAAAGCAAUACAGUUCCUCCUGCCUGGGGGACGGCAAGACAGGGGAGAGGGUUGGGUUGGGGACCUGGGGGUUCCCUGUGUACAGCUGUGUAUAUUCAGGGGUGUUCUCUGUCUGGUACCCGCUGUGGGCGUCUAUGUGUGUGUGAACCUCCCCUUCCCUGUGCCCUGCAUGACCUGUGAUGCUGCAGACACCACCAUCCUGUGUGCAGGGGUGUGUUGGGGGCACCGAGGGGCAUGUUUCAUGUCCUGUUGCACCCUCCACCCUGUGACCCAUGUACUCGGUUGUAGGAAGUAAAGAGAACUGAGCACAA